AUGAACCCGCCUAUUACGUUAGAUCUCGACAAUUUCCGGUCCCGCGAGGAGUCGUGGCGGCUUCCUGUCUCGGAUGCCUUGGAAGAUCCAUUCUUCUACAGAGCUGCCCACUACUGGGGACAAGACGAAACGCUCUUCCUCAACAGUGCCACCGAUCUUGACGACGACACAGGCUGGAAACCGGUGCGCCCUCUUGGCAAGGGUGGAUAUGGCAUUGUUGGUCUAUGGCAACAGACUGACAACAAUGGUAUAGUGCUAGACUCGCUGGCCAUCAAGCAACAGAGAUAUAGAGACCACACCCUAUCACAGGCGCAGCUCACGGCUGAUAGCGGCAUCGCAUAUGAGGCCGGCCUUAUGUAUCAACUAAAUGAACAAGAAUGCCCAAAUAUCAUCAAGCUGAGAGGCUUCAAGGACCAUCCGCUAGAGAGGUUGUGGAGAUUUUAUCUCGAAUACGCAGAAUGGGGAGACCUGCGUCGGCUGGAAACCUACUACCGAGCUUGGAAUACUUACCUUCCAGAAGAAUUCCUGUGGCAAGUAUUCCAUGACCUAGCCAACGCCGCGUUGGCAUUGGCAGCAGGCGACUUUCACAAGAUCGGCGAGGCCAGCGGACCUGAGACGGACUCCUACGUCGUACAUUUCGACCUCAAACCAGAGAAUAUAGUUCUCGGUGAUCCUCCUGACCCUAACCCUGUUCACUUUUCGAACUAUCCCGUUGCCAAAAUGGCCGACUUUGGUUUGGCGCGCUCGACUAAUCACCUCGAUCGGUCUAACCCUGCAUAUUAUCGGGGAUUAGGUACACCUGGAUACCUCCCUCCGGAGCAAGAGGGCCAAACAGCGCAUUGGAAAAACCGACCGUAUGGCAAGGACCGUAGACGUCAGGCACCACCAAACCUCAACGCACGACGCCGGAGGUCGUGGUGCAUUCAGAUGGAGAUGAGGGAUCCCACACCGGGGUACCACUUCGACCCUACGCACAAUACGCACUGUAUUGGGAAGAUUAUGUUCGAGCUGUUGACUUUGAGAGGCAGUGAUCGCACCAGAAGUGAGAUCGAAGCUCUGACAGAAAAGCAGUACUGGAACGAAUUCGAACUACACGGCAUAGAGGAGAUCCGAACAACACGUCAACCAGAAUACUCAUACGAGCUUCGAAAUCUGGUAAGAAGCUGUCUCAAGACCGCGCCUGCGACCCGCCCUACACACGGGCAGCUCUGGCAGACCACAUUCGAUGAGUUGGAAUCUAGAGUAAAGGCCGUCGAAGACCCUGCUACUGGUUUGAAAAAUGGGCCGCGGGUGUUCUACAUGGGUAAUGAAAUCAACGACAUGCCGAUUGGUCAGCAGGACUUACCGUCCGAUCAAGACAUACCCUUCACUAAGAAAUCUUUCUAUGCUAACCGGGAGAUAAAAUAUCAAGAUCCAGAAUUGGAACCCCUGUUAGGCGGCCGUUGGGAUCCACAGUUGCAGCGGCACCAUGGAGAAAUUCCAUCACCCAUCCGGGGAGGAAGAAAAAGACGUUGGGAACCUGAAGCUUACAUUUUCAUGCCCCGCAGGGAAGAUUCCCAGCGGGUGGCUAAGAUGGUCAGAUCAGCUCAGGGAUUCUAUGAUGAAGAAGAUGACAUGUAUGAUAGCGAAGGAGAUGAUCGUGAUGGUGAUGAAGAUGAUGAAGAUGAUGAUGGUGAUGAUGGUGACGACAGAGGGGACAGUGGUCAUGUCGAUCAAGGAGAGCGACAGGGACCUCCAAGAGGAGGUGGCAAAACUAGAGGCCAAAGUAGAGGAGGUAGUGGAGGAAGGGCUGGCAUUCAAGGAAUGGGUCGAGGAGGAAGAACGAUGAGAGGAAAGGGUCGAAGCAGGGAAACUGGGGGAGAGGAAGGCGAUCGUACAUCCAGAUCCGGCAGAUCCGGCAGAUCCGAUAAAAAAGGGGCGGCGGUGUUCGAGGACGAGGUAGAGGCAGAGGAGGUCAACGGGGCAGGGGAGGACAAAGAGGAGGCGGAGAAGGAGGAGCCGGCGGUACCGGCCGCCAAGUUCAACGGGGUGCAGAUCAGCUCAUCAUGCAACAAGCCCUUCCCACGAUGGAAACACAUGAGGUGCGUGGAAGAGCUUUGA